AAAACCCCUUAAACGAACGUCGAUUGACAGUCGUAUACAUCCCCACUGUGGUUAUUCUUGUCGUUUGUUAAUUGUUAUUGGCUUUAUUAUUGCAAAAGACGAACAUUUUUGUGGUACAUAAAACUCAGACCACAGAAGCCUCCCUCUCUCUGUCCCACUGGAGAGUAAAACAGUAUUCUUUCCUUUUCAAAUCCGAAUCUUAAUCCAAAUCUUUAUAUUUCGGGUGUCGUGAUAGGUCAUCAUCUCCUCGGCCAUAAUCUCUGCGAGCCUUGAAUUAGAAAAGAAAACCAUCUUUCUUAACAAAAGAAAAAAAGAAAACUUGUUUUUUUUUUUUUGGCAUUAUUUUCUUAAUUUUUUCUUUUGGGUAUAGAUGGCUUCCCUUGUUGCGAGCUUGCCUCCGCCAUUGUUGGUCCAAGGAAGGAAAACCCUCGUAAGGACCUUUUCGAAGCUUCCAGUGUCUCCCAUUAAAGAGAGACAGAAUCGUGUUUCUGUUGCUGUGAAGGCUACUGGGGAGAACUCCGAGUCAUCAACCUCUCUAAGUAUCACUAAGUCAGUUCAAAAUAUCUGGGAUAACUCUGAAGAUAGGCUAGCUCUCAUUGGGCUGGGAUUUGCAGCUAUAGCAGCUAUAUGGGCAUCAACAAAUCUGGUUUCGGCCAUUGACAGGUUACCUAUUAUCCCAACCGUGCUGGAGCUUGUGGGCAUUUUGUUUUCUUCAUGGUUUGUCUACCGCUACCUCUUAUUCAAGCCUGAUAGAGAAGAGCUGUUCCAAAUCUACAACAAAACGAUAUUGGAUAUCUUGGGCCGCCAGUGAAAUGUGCUGCCAUAUUAUGAGUGUAUAUUUUAAAAUUAGGGUCUUUAUAAUGGAUUACUAUGGUGGCGAGAAAACAAUACCACCAUUAUUGUUGUAUUUAAGUUUCUUGUAAUAUCAUAAACACAUAAGAUCCCGUUCUUUGCUGUGGUCGUUUGAAAUGUUUAAUUUUCUGUGUAACUAACCUCUAAUUCUAGACCCUUAUUUGUUUAUUAUAAUUUUCGUAAGUGAGGUUUUUUUUAUU